GUACGUAAUGGUUGUUUUGUCUGUACGUGAACGCGUGUGUAUCCCAAAAAACCAGUACGUGCCUGCACGGGCUCUAAUGUCAUAAAAAUCUAAAAUGAAUGAGGAUGUAUAUGAGGUCCCUGAAGGGACGGAGUAUCGAUAUCUGGUGCAGGAUGAGGAAGAGGAACAGAUACAGUAUGUCCGUCGGCACUACGUGAGUCCAUUCCUGGUGUUGUCCCGCAGGUGCAUGUUCCUCAUCGGCUGCGGUGUGAUCGCUCUCCUCACUCUUGCGGGAUACCUGGCUUAUGUUGCCAAGACUUCACCUCCAAGGGUGGCAGAGGUGCAGACGGAGUGCGGUUGGCUGCAUGGGCAGUGGAAAGAUGGGGCAUACUCUUUCAAAGGCAUUCCAUAUGCUGUAGAACCAGUGGGUGAACGUCGUUGGAGACCCCCGGAGAAUUUAGUGGAUGCGGGAAAGUGUUGGAAGGGCAAGUAUGAUGCUACUCAUUUCCGCAGCAUCUGCGCACAGGUGCAACCCCUACGAAGUGACGGGAAGGUCAUGGGAGAGGAGGACUGUCUGCAUUUGAGUGUUUGGACACCGAGUCUACAUCCCGCUAAACCUCUGCCUGUCAUGGUUUGGAUCCACGGAGGAUACCUCCACAUGCUGAGUGGCCAGGAGAAAGGCUACUCCCCCACUGAAGAGCUGGCGGAACGUACGCAGAUGGUUUACGUCAGUCUGAAUUACAGGCUAAAUGCAUUUGGCUUUAUGGCCUUGAAGAUGUUUAGGGAAGGUUCUCCAACCAACUCCUCAGGGAAUUACGGCUUCAUGGAUCAGAUCCAAGCGCUUCAGUGGGUCCAGCGAAAUAUCCAUCACUUCGGCGGCGAUGCAGGGAGGGUGACCAUAUUUGGUCAAAGUUCAGGAGGAACUUCGGUUUGGACCUUGAUGAUGUCUCCACUAGCCAAAGGACUUUUUCAUGGUGCGAUUGACAUGAGUGGCUCGUACGUGUAUAAUGCUUCUCUGGAGUCAGCAGAAAAAGACAACUUAGAAUUCCUGAGGAGAACCGGCUGCAAGGACGCCAUCUGCCUGAGAAAACUAAACAUCACUCAAGUCCUUCAGGCAAUCCCGUGGCAGCAGUACCCGUCAUGGGCGGCCGAUGACUUGGUCGAUCUUCCAGUCAAAGGUGCUUUUGUUGGCCCAGUGGCAGUAAUUGACGGUCAUGUUCUGGAAGCGCCUCCGUUUGAGUCCUGGGAGAAGCACGGCGCCUUUAAUGACGUCCCGUUUGUGGUCGGAACAACUGAACAGGAGACUGAUUUUGGCCCUCCAUAUGGAAACAUCUCCACAUGGACUUGGGGGGAUUAUCAAUGGAUUGUUACAAAUAAACUGAGCCCUUUCGGAGAGAACGUGACCAGUCAGGCUCUGAAGCUGUACAAUAGCUCAGUUCCGUGUCCGACCUCUGACCGCUGUCCAGAAAGGCUCUUCACCACCAUGGUCUCCGACAUGAAGGCCUCCUGCCCCAGAAAUGACCUUGCUAAAAGAGCUGCAGAAGCUUUAAAGAGCCCAGUUUACCGUUAUCUGGUGACUUACACUCCAUCAAAACAAGCCGAAGCCUCCAGCUGGCUUCCCUUUCCCAGUCGCUUCGCCUUUCAUCUGCUAGACAGCCUGGCCUUCUUCAGGGGUCUCGAAAUGGCGCUAGGGACUCUGUCACCUGCUGAUAUCACCUUCCAGGAGAUGAUCACCAAGUAUUUUGUGCAUUUUGCCAAAGAGGGUCGGAUGCCCGAGGAAUGGCCGGCGUUUCCCGCACGCGUCGCCCUGCUGGACAAGAACGUUUCUUUCGUAAAGAGCUACUCCAGCGAGAGAUGUGAGCUGUGGGAGGAGAACGGCUUCUACUCGUAUGCCUGGGUCAACUGAGCCUCUUCACCAUCACUGACUGCGCUUUAUAGUGUGAUUAUACAGCAUUUACACUAAUCAUAGCACUGGAGGGUAUUUGGCGUGCAGUUGUUUGCACCUAAUUCCAUAGGAAAGGAAAAUCAUGUUUAUCUUAAAGGCAAUAGUUCACGCAAAAAUGAAAUAUUCCUGUUAAAUCACACCACAGGUCAUCCAAGACUUUUUCAUCAGUAGAACAUUAAAGUCUGCAUAAAGCGGAAGCUGCAACCGUUUUUGUUUCAUAUUGUGACGCAGUUCCUAGAGAAAUGGUGGGCGUGGUGUUUUUGUUUUUUUUUCUGCAAGCUAAUUGGAUGCAGUAUAUUUCAUUCAGAAAGACAGAGAAAAGGGUUUGGGGAGAGUUAUUACAACCUAACAGAGUCCUCCUCACCAUUUCUGUUUGUUGUCAAAACUGACAGUUGGAGGGGCGU